AUGUCUUUCGAGCUCCCGCAGGUGCCGGCAGCUCAUCAACACUUCAUUGAAUAUCUCUCGCGCAAUGAUUCGGCCCAGCUCCGAGAAGUUGUGAAGCCGUACAAUGAGUACGAGGCCAAACUGCGCGAGGGCUUUGCCCAGCACCGCGAGCACCCGGCCAUCCAAGAUCCCCUCGUGAACGCAGUGCCAAUCUACAAUGGCCACGAGGGUGUCCCCAAGAUCAAGGUUCGGAACCCAGACGAGGAUUCCGAGGCCGGGAGAUAUAUCAUGCCCUUGAAGCCCGAGGCCAGACGCCCGCAUGGCGCCCCGGCCAUGACGCAGUCCCUCGAAGAGUUCAAGAACAACUUCAAGAUUUUCUCUGAGCAGUCCCUCGACGACCUGGACUGGUCGAACGUUGUCGCGGCGGGUUCGUCGGUGGUCACGGCAAUGCUGCCCGUCUCGGAUGAGUACAAGGGCUCGAAGCGCGCGCUACGAGAGUACUAUCACGAGAAGCUCGCGCCCUCGAGCGACGUCGACCUCUUCAUCUGGGGCCUCGAUGAACAGGCCGCUGUUGAAAAGAUUGCCAAGAUUGAGUCGUGCGUGCGCAACUGCAUCCUGGCCGAGACGACGACGAUCCGCACCAAGAACGCCAUCACCAUUGUGAGCCAGUACCCGACGCGUCACAUCCAGAUCGUCCUACGCCUCUACAAGUCCGUCUCCGAGAUCCUGACCGGCUUCGACGUGGACUGCAGCUGCUUCGCGUUUGACGGGACCCAGGUGUACGCUACACCGCGCGGCAUCACGAGCUUCUGCUUGCAGACCAACACGAUUGACCUGUCGCGACGCAGCCCGAGCUACGAGAGCCGCCUUGCCAAAUACGCCCGCCGCGGGUUCGAGAUCUUUUACGCCGAUUUUGACAGGAAGCGGAUUGACCCGACUGUGUAUGAACGUUCGUUGGUGCGGACUCUUGGUCUCGCUCGCCUUCUUAUCCUCGAGCGGCUUCCCACCGAGUCUGACCGAGAGUCGUACAUGAACCAACGACGCAAGGAACGUGGGCGCCCACCUCUUGAUAGCUCGCGCAACUCGAGGAACCAGCUGCCUAAUAACAUCAAAGAUCAAGAUCCCCAAGAUGUUGCCGAGUGGGUCGUCGAGGAUGAGGUGUCGAACUACCACACCUUCACUGUACCAUACGGACCUCACUAUAACGCCAGGAAGAUUGAGAAGCUUCUCUACGUCAAGGACAUGCUCCUGAACGCAGAAUGGAAUCACAAGAAGGACAGGACUGUCAGCCUCCACCGCCACCCCUGCUUCAUUGGAGACGUCGAAUCCAUCGUCCACGACUGCUGUGAUAGUUGCCCAGAGCCAAUAUCAGACGAGGAACGAAAGGUUUCCGAGGAAGAGAGCAAGAUAUAUGUCCACGGCGAGAUCGAGUUCAUGAAAGACGACCCUGGGAGGCAGGCGAUUGGGAGUUUCAACCCUUUGACGGCCGACGACUGGACCGACAUGGCCUACCUUGGCAAUACUCAGGAGCUCUGCACGUACAUAACCGCCGGAGACAUCGAUGGCAUCAAGCGGUGGUGUUCUGUCAAGGAGAACGAUGUAAACCACCGCGACCACACUGGGAGGAUGCCGCUGCACUUGGCAGUCAUGUGUGGCCAGUUGGACAUUGUCAAGGUGCUCAUCGACAACGGCGCACGAAUCACCUCUCGUGUCCAAGACGGCUUUACCUCCCUCCACAUGGCGGCUUCUAUCGGCAGAGCCGACAUCAUAAAGGUGCUCGCAGAGAAGUCUGAGGAGAACGAAGAGAUGGAGGGGCAGAAGGAAGAUGCUCGCAAGGAAGAAAGGGCCCGCCAGCAGCCCGAGGGCGCCGAUAGCCCGACGAAGGAUAUCACAUCCGAACCAGAGUCUGACGCAGACUCCGACGUGGAAAUGAUAGAUGAUUCCGACGCCAACACCGACUCUGACAAUUCAGAGUACGCUAUGACGGAAGGCUCAUACAUCAAAGUGAGAAAAGGAGAGGAGGCACUGGAGGACGACCCAUAUGGCCCCGACUUCUUCGACAUUAACGUCCUCGCCUGGGACACGCCAGUGAGCCCGCUGCAUGUCGCCAUCAUUGGCGGCCACCGCGAGGCCAUCGAAACACUUGUAUCGUCGUUUGGAGCAGACGUCUUGCUCCCAAUCAAACACAAGAAUAGCAGCCGCGGCUCGGUUAACACCGCAAUCCUAAACUUAGUUCUCGCGAGUCAACUCCCCAGCGACCAGUCUGCCGAGAUCAUUAAGAGUCUUGUCGGGCUGGGCGCCAAGCCCAGUCAGGGCGACAUGAACCAGGUGUCUGCCGCGCACGGAGCUGUCAUUCUGGAAAACGUUGCAGCGUUGAAGGCCAUGGCGGAGAGUGACCUCCCCUCAACCCAAACCGGUCUCAACCACAUUGUCAACGUCGGGUACACUUACACACCAAGAUACCGGACGGCUCUCGUGACGGCAAUCUUCAAGGAAGAUGAAGAGCUUGUUUCGGCCUUGCUAGAGCUCGGCGUAAAGCCAUCCUUUACAUUUGAAGACUUCCGCGAGGCAAGGCUACGGGAAGCCAAGCAAGAACACAUGAACUGGAACCACAAGGAACUCAUGGCAACCUACAAUACCGAGAUCAAACAGCCCAUCAUCCACGCCGCCAGGUCACCCACCCCUGGUAUCGUGCUGGCCCUCCUCAAUGCCGGGGUGGAUGUCAACAGUCUGAACCUCUCCGCCGGCAUGCUCCUCAACGAAGAAUCCCCUCGGUCCACCCCGAAAACUGUCUUGGACUAUGUCAGGGCAGAGAUUUCGACGUGCAGGUCCAUCAGAGUCGGAAGGAAACCCAAAAAGCCAGAAGUUCGCAAGAUGCCCGAGUUGCAGCCAGAUGAGAAGUAUCUUGAAGGCCUUGCUCCUGGCAGCUACAGACACACAAUGGUCUCCCGAGACAUUGAGCUUGCCAAACUAGCCGCCACCGCCAUCCGGAAGGAAUGUGAUGAAAACAACAUAAGGGAUAGUGCAAAGAUUGACCCCAAGCAAGAAGAGCUAGAGGAGGCCCGCUUGAAGGAGUUGGAGGAAUUGGAGCAGGAGCUGGUGAAGAGAGGCGCGAAGGAGUUUUAUGAACUGCAUCCGAAUCUGAAGAAGAAGGAGGAGGAAAGCCCAAGGGAUGAUCGACAAGGCUCUGCUGACGGUGAUGAGUUCGACAUCAAGCAAUACCAUGUCAGUGAAUACUACAACGACAAGCCGCUCGAUGGAGAGAAGGAGAAGGCCUACACCAGUUUGUGAGUAUAAACGUGGCAGGCAACUCUCGUGAUAAAGAUACUAACGUCGUGAUCAGGUUCGAAGCCGCUUGGAAAGGAGAUGUCGAUACUAUCAAGUCGUUGACACUGCACGAAAGAGACGACGGGGAAGGGGGCAAACUCCCGCCUCUCCUCAUCUCUACAACAGAUUCAUGGGGAUUGAACGUGUUCACCAUUGCCGUCGCAAAAAACAACCUGACCCUUGCUCAGAUGAUUCUUGACAUUGCAGCAGCCCAAUACGUCCCCGAGGGGGCACAGAAAACCCCGAAGCGUCGAUUCCGGAUUCGUGGAGCUGAAGAUGCGACCGAUUAUGACGACGACGAGGAGCAAUACGACGGUAACGAUAUUCAAUUAACCUCAGAGCUGGUUGAUGAUGAUUUCACCAUUGAAGACCUCGGCGCGCUGAGUGCAUCAGCUGGAACCGAGACUACGCCCGCGGAUUUAAUUGUAGCGUCCACGCCUGUGUGGGCUGUUCAUAAGGCGAUCGACGUCAGCGCAAGCGACAUCCACCGCGGACAGUCUAAGGUCUGGGAGCCAAGUUUCUAUUGGAGGAGAUAUAGUAGCCCUUCUGUACGUGCCCGAUAACUCUUACGGUCAAGAGGAGAAUGAUGCUAACCCUUGAAUAGAGCGCUUUUAGCAGCGUGGUGGAUGAUUUCUGGCUCACGAGCGACCUCCUCUCCUUCGUUCUCGAAUCUCAGAACGUAGAUCUCAUCAAGUUCAUGCUGCGAGUGGCGAAAGAGGCCAAGAUUUCUGCUUUUGACGAAGGAUUUGGCACAUCCGGUCAUGACGACUCAUGGCAUAGUCGGUUGUCAGACAACCUGUACAGGUACAUCUCUCAAGGCAAGUGGGAUCUGGUCGAGCUGCUCAUCACAGAGACUGGCGCGGGGAUGCCCAUUUCCAAAAUAUUUGGCAGCAUCGCCGUACCCGAGGAGGAGCGUGAGAAGCCCAAAUACUACCAAGGCCUCAAAAUCCGCGGCACGCACAAGUCGGACUGGGCGGCCGAGGCGGGCGGCGAGCAGCAGCGGACCCAAGCGACGCCGUGGCGUGAGAACACCACGUCGCCAUUCAUCAACGCCGUCUAUGACGGGAGCCGCAGCGUAGUAGACUUCUGGCAGGGAGAUGCGUGCGUCAGAAUGUACGACACGUUUGGCAGGCGGAACACGCACGCCAAGUCGAUCAAACGCAUUGAAAAGGAGUACGGGACCUGGAAGAAGGCCGUCACGACCUGGCUCGGCCUCCGAAAGCACCUGACCGUCCACUGCGCGGUGCUCAGGGGCAAGCAAUGGGGUGAGCACGGCAAGGCGUUUGAGCGCGUGCAGCACAUGCUUGAGUGCGUGCCAAACAGCCUGACCAAGAAGUCAAACGGCGGUAUCGACCCUCUCUGGCUCGCCUUUUACUACCACCAGGUUGAGACGGCUAAGUUGCUCAUCGAUGCCGGCGCCGAGCAGACCACGCGCAACAACGAUGGAGAGAACAUACUGCACGCCUUGUUGUUCCAGGGUCCGCAGUCAAAUACAAAGGAAGAACCGGAUAGGAGGCAGAAGGACGUUGACAAGAUCGAAGCGCUGCUCAAGCUGGUCGAUGCGCGCCUCCUAGCAAAUUUGUUUACCGAUCGAAGCUCGAUCGGUCCAACUGGGCUCACUCCUUUGGCGAGCUAUAUCAAACGUGGAGGGAGGAGCAUCAGGCUGCUCCAGCUGAUCCACCGUUACAUGCCAUCCGAGGCCUACACCAUGUUUGACGGCUCGGGGCAGACCCCGGCGCAUCAUCUCGUCAUCGACGGAAAUUAUCAACGAUCACGGGAACUGCUGGAGGAGUUGGCCCGCCUCCAUCCUCCGGUGCUAAUGCAGGACAAUGCAAUGGGCCAGCUUCCGAUCGAGCUUGCAUGGACGCUGUACCUGCGCCGCCAGACAAAGGAGGCACCCAGCAUGCAUUAUCCAUACUUUGAGCUCAACGCUGGUCAGACACAGCCUACGAAGGCGGUGCGGGAUCGGCCCAGCUUUGUGGGCGAGAACGACUCCACCAUUGUCACGUACCGUGUCCUUCGGGCGCUGACGGAGAAGGCCAAGGAGGCCGGUGAUGUCUCUCAGAGGCAUAUGAUUAGUGUCAAGGAUGCUCGCGAAGUUGCCAGGCGGCUCUCAAGUAG